GGUGAACCGGAUGGUAGUUGCACAAAGGCUACUCAUCACUAUGUCCUACGGAGCCAGAAAUCACUGGACGUUGACUGCUCUUGUUGUCCUUGGUUUUCUGACUGAGAUUGUUUCAUCAUAUCCUCUUCCAUACAGAGUUAAUGGAACUUUAUUAGAAAGAAAAUGGGAUUCUAUUUUAACCAGAUCUAUUGGGAUGCCUUCGGACAAAUCAGAUGUAAAGUGGAGGCGCGACUAUUUGAUUGGAAUCAAAAGACAGAGAAGACUUUACUGUAAUAUUGGCAUCGGGUUUCACCUUCAGGUCCUCCCAGAUGGAACGAUCAGUGGUAUACAUAAUGAAAACCAAUACAGUGAGUUACAACCUAAACUACAAUACAAUUUGGAAUUUAAAAUAAAACUCUUUUCUUCGGUCACUUUUAAUUAGGACUUGCCACUGUCUCAAAAUUUGAUAUAUUAAGGCAAAGUUUCAGCUCAUUUUUUUUUUUAACAUGCAAAAUACAAACAAACUUAAAAACUAAAUUUAAUAGAAAAGCUUAAAAAAGCUUAAAAUCAAGAUAGUUGAAUGUCAUAUUUAUUAUUAUUGCUAGAAUUAUUAUUAUUGUUAUUACAGGUAUUAUUAAAAUUAUGGACACAAACUCUUAGUUGAUUUAGUAAGAGUCACUAAUUAUCAUAUUGUGUGCAGCUUUCAGGAACCAAUAUAAUAGUUUAUUUGUCUAUCUAUCGAUCUAUCUAUUUGAUAUACAUCUAUCUAUGUCCUCACAUUAUAUAAUGCAAUACUAUUGCAGUGUGCAAUUAUAUCUUAUUUUAUUGGAGUAACAUUAUAUUUAAAAAACAAACUUUUGAAAGUUUCUCUCUUCUUCAGGUAUGAGGAAGGGGCAGUGUGUAUAGUAUACACAGAAAUAAAUGGAAUUUAUUUUUCAAAUAAUCAACUACAGCUUUGACUCAGAACAGCACUAAUAUUGAUUUGCAAUCAGCAGACAUAAAUUACUGUUGCUCUAUAUAAACACAUCUAUUGUUAGCCUCUGAAAUAGUAGAACAGUUUGUUUUUGCAGUUGUUGACCAAAUUGUAAGGGGAUACCGGCUAUACGUAUGGGUGGAUUUAUGUUAGGAUAUCCAGAAUUUUAAUACUAAUAAGUAUAUGUUUUGUUUGCUUAGGUCUGUUACAAAUUUCAACCGUAGAACGAGGGGUAAUUAGCUUAUUUGGUGUGAAAAGUCACCUGUUUGUAGCAAUGAACAGCAAAGGAAAAAUAUAUGCUUCGGUGAGUAUUGUGCACUUUUAACAUUUAUUGAUCUGUAGAUGCAUAUUAUAUUUUGACCCUGAUUUCUGAGUGUUUGUAUAUUGCAUUAAAAAUAUUAUUCACAGCAAUUUAAAUUGAUAAAUUAAAUUAUUAUCAAUUAUUAACAUGAAGGGAAAACCUCUUGAUCAAUAAAUAUAUAAUAUAUCAUUAUUUAAAGUAAAACAAAACAGAAACUCAAUGCCUGCUUAUACUAUCUUAAGUUAAAAUAUUUCUUGGUGCCUGCACAUUUUGUUUUAUUGUUGAGGAAAUUAAAAAUCAUAUCUUUAUGUUUAACAUGUUUAAUUUUUUUAACUAUCAUAUAACUAAUCAAAAUUAUCUUUUUCUGUAGCACUGUUCUCUCAAACGGAAUCAAAGUGCUUUAGUUCAUGCUCUCAGGUUUUAAUCAAAUUGGAAGAUGAAUGAUAGAUGUUACUUAUACCCAUCUCUUUGUUACUCAUUUUGUGGAUUAAAGACUGAUUUAGAUUUAAUGGCUGUAAAUCCUGCAAUCGUGAGGUUAUAACACAUACUACAGUUAGUGCGUUAACUAUGUGACUUAAAGGAACAGUCUGUAGUCCAAUAAAUGUUUAAUUGGAUUCAUGAAUCAUAAUGUUGUUUGUUAUUUUGGAUUAUAUUCAUUAUGUCGAUAAUUGUAUGUCAUUCCUAAGUGACCUUCCCAGUCCCCUGUGCUGUUAUCUUUUUAGUAAAGAAAAUGUUAUGAUGUCUAAUGAACAUGAGAAGAUAUCUGUCCUGAAUUGCCCCCUUGACUUUUGUCUGUCACAGUAAAUGAGGGCAACAGUAUGUGACACCUUGCCAUGACAUCCUCAGCUAUUGUAAUCAAUCAUGGCCUACAUGGCACCAUAGCCUGUUAGUCUAGUGGUUAGAAACAUUUUUGGACUGGAACCCAAAUUGUUUAUAUGGUAUUAGGUUGGCUACCCAUUCUUCAUUUUUAAAAUGAGUUAAGAGCCUAUUCUUCAACAGUCAUACAAUAUUAAAAAUUAAUUCUUCAAAGAAUGUUUCUUAGACUCUUUCCAGUAUGAUGUCUCCAGUGCAGUGGGGAAGGCAGUGCUGCCACAGUAAACAUUUUACCAUGGCCUUUGUUUCAACCAUUGGGGUGCCACUGUAAUAGAAUGGGGAUCUAACUUUGAGGCCUGACCUAGGGGCUUAGAACCAUAGCUUUAGUGAUACAUUAUGUAAUGCCCUGGAGAAACCAGAAUUUAACAAAGCUUGUUGUCACCACCAUUCCCCCCCUUUUUUUUUUUGUACUCUAGAUAUUUUUUUCUAUAUUUUUUAUUUCUUCUUACCAAUAUUUUUCUUUUACAUUUUAUUCAAUUUUGCUCUCUCUAUAUCCUUCACUUUUGCCUGACUCCUCACUAACAUUAACUUUUCUUAGCUUUUAGAAUUCCCUAGAAUAUUACUGCUUUUCUGCUUGAAUAGUACUCCACUCUCCAUUUUUUUUCUCAACAACCUUUGUUUUUAUCAUUCCUGUCUGAAACAGCUAAAGAACUAUAGCUGAGACUACAGAUCUAUAUUAAUAGACAUUUGUAAAAUGUAAAUAUUCCUGUUUCAAUUUUAAAGAGAAACCUAUCUAAGAGGACCUUUGUAUCUAGAGAGGCACCUAAUCAUUUUUAAAAAAAAUAAAAUUAAAAAUAUUAUGACAUUUGGGGGGAAAGCGACAAAAUAUACAAGUAACCAUGAAGAGUUUGAUGUUUCAACAUGGUAUUCACUAGUUAGUAUAUAUUCUGAAUAUGCCAAAAUGAAAUUCUUUAAGUUACCAAAUUUUUGAAAUGUUGUAGUAUUGGCUUUCUCUUUUGUAAUACUAUCAAUAAUAAAAAGUGCAUAUUUAGGAUUAGAGGGUUAUAAUAAAGAAAUAAUACAGAUUUACAAUAUUUUAUAACAAAAAAUGCAUGGCAAAAUUCAAAGUCUGGAGCCUGUUUAAGAAGUUUAUUCACUAAAUAUUCAAUGUGAUUAGAUGAAAACAUCCAAAAGCUCCAAAAUAUAGACUAACACAGCCUAGCUAGAAACGUUUCAUUAUUUUGGCCCAAAAUCUGCAUUUUAAUUGUUAAUGCAACAUAUUCUGUGAAUGAAUCCCUCCAGGGUCAGAUUUCCCAUUAGGCAGAGUAGGCACCUGCCUAAUAAGCACUUGUGCUAUAGAAGGCGCCUGUUUUCGGCACCUAUAAUUUACCUAUUUGGAGUUAAGUGGGUUGAUGGGGAGAGAUAAGCCUUGGCCAGUGUCCUGUGUAGACGAGUCAGCCUCCUAUGCUGCAGAAACAGUUAUAGAGAGUGUAAAACUCAUUACUCUUAAAAUGCUCACACAGGAAAUACCUUGCAGGUAUUUCUAAUACUACUUAAUAACAAUACUUUAUAACAGCUCAUGCAGCUCUGCAAUAAAUAAUACGAAGGUGACGAGACUACAGAAGAUAAGAAUAUGUUGCAGAUCACCUUUCAAGGUUUACAUGUCCUGAACACCCUCUUUCCCUAACCCUAAAUUUAACCCCCACCAAACUAAACAAACAUUUUACUAAGUCCCGAAUUUAAGCACUCAAACCUUAAAGGAUCACUAUAGUGUCAGGAAAACAAACUCGUUUUUCUGACACUAUAUAACCCUUAGGUCCCCCCCACCCUCAGUGCCCCCCUCACACUUGGCUGAAGGGGCUAAAACCCCUUCUGCUACUUACUUUAAUGCAGGGCUGGGCUCCCUCGGCGCUGAUGACCACUCCUCCCCCGCCGACGUCAGCAACCGAGUGGAGCGGAAUGCACAUGCGCGGCAAUAAUCCUAAACACCCCAUAUACCACAACUAUUACCCCUCUUAACAUCCUUUGUAAUCUAACUCUGAUGUUAACAGGCCUCUCUGUCCUGCUUUUGGUGGGACAGUCCCUUUUUUGGGGUCCUGUCUCACUGUCCUGCUUUUGUUUCCUGGUGUCCCGCAAGGCGUAAUAAGGUGGGAAUGGAGGGGGAGGAGUUGUCACCAGGCUCCUGUGUGAUGGGGAUCCCUGCUGGCAUCAUAGACAGACUGUGUAGUGAUAGGGAGGCUAAACAUAUGGGCAGGCUGAUGGACCUCCAGCUCAGCAGCCCACUGUUCUAGCUCUCCUUUAUAAACUAGUCCAAAGCACCGCUGGGAAAGAGUGAUAUUACAUUAUGUCACUUCCUCUGAGUGCUCUGUGAAUGCUGCAUGGGAAGGAGAACCCCCAUUAACACAUAUAUCUCCAUUUGAACAUGAGAAAAGACGUCCUCCAGCAGAGGAGUUGUUACUACUACAAAAAGGGUGGCAUGCGCUUAAAUAUUGUUUCUGGGCGUGUGGGUGUCUGCAUGAAUCUGUAAGUGUAUUUGUGGGAAUCUGUGAGUAAAUCUGUAUAUGUGUGAAUCUGCAUUGGUGAAUAUGUGAAUGUAUGUUAAUCUGCAUAUGUCUGAAUCUGUGAGUCUGAAUCUGUGAGGAUGUGUUAAUGUGUGUGUGUGUGUGUAUGUAUCCGCAUGUCUGUGAAUUUGUGACGAUAUGUGAAUCUGUGAGUCUGAAUCUGUGAAUGUGUAUGAAUCUGUGAGUCUGAAUCUGUGAGUGUGUGUGUGAAUCUGCAAGUGUGUGUGAAUCUGUCUCCGUGACUCUGUGAGUGUGUGUCAAUCUGUGAGUGUUAAUGGACACUCUAUCAGAUGGCCACUAUGGAGGAGACAUGUAUGUCACUAGUAAUAAUGUGAAUUUUAACUGAAUUUCAAAUUUAAGGCCAAAGUAGACAAACUGGAAGCAUAGCUGACUUGAGAUUCAGUUUUAAUUCCUGACACUAGUGAAUAAAACUUGAAUUGUGAUGAACUUGCAAGUGUGUGUGAAUCUGUCUCCGUGACUCUGUGAGUGUGUGUCAUUCAAUCUGUGAGUGUUAAUGGUCACUCUAUUGAGAUGGCCACUAUGGAGGAGACAUGUAUGUCACCAGUAAUAAUGUGAAUUUUAACUGAAUUUCAAAUUUAAGGCCAAAGUAGACAAACUGGAAGCAUAGCUGACUUGAGAUUCAGUUUUAAUUCCUGACACUAGUGAAUAAAACUUGAAUUGUGAUGAACUUGCAAAAGAAUUGCAAACUGUAGGUCAAAAAGGCAAAUUUGUGAAAAAUUCUUCAAUUCAACUCUUUUUCCAAGUCUGCUACUUUGACCUAGAUUUUGCAAUGUCCAUUCCAAAGGUGAGACUUUAGUAAAUAGACCCUUUAGUAUACUGGCCUAAACAUAUAGAGCAGAUAUUGUAGUAUUAAAAUGAAUGAGCUGUAGACACAUUUAUAAUUAUAUUAUUUAACAAAAUCUAGGAACCUGCAAUCUGUCAGGAGCUUGAAACGGGUUUUGCAGGAGGGGGCACAAAUAAAAGACUUGCCUCUGGGCACCUCAUGACAUUGCUACAUCUCUGGUAUCCCGCAACUGGGGACACAGAGGGACUUCCAACAAACAGCACAGCAUGAGCACAUUAUUAGAUGCAUAGAGAACUUUAGCAGCGUUCUUUUCAUGGUCCUGUAAGUCAGGGGCCAGUCAGGAGGUUGUCUAGCGUGCUGAUGCCAGCUGACUCGCACCUUCAGUAGGAGGGCCCAUUUCUUGUCAGUCCUGCGCAUUAUGGGCAUUGCCAGUGAUGCAAUUAGUGUUACUGGUGAUGCCUCCCCAAAGUACCACUCACCCAUCCCAAAACUAGUCACUAGUCAGUAAUCACAUUUAACAUUAUAUUUAACCCCCGCAUGCAUUUCCACAUAUUCAAUUAUACAUACUCAGAUGUCAAAUACGAAUAUAGGGUUUUUGACCUUUUCAUGCCUGUAAUGUCCACCUAAAGGGACACUGUAGGCACCAGACCACUUUAGCUCAUUGAAGUGGUCUGUGUGCCAACUCCCAUCACCCUUAACCCUGCAAGUGUAAUUAUUGCAGUUUUUAUAAACUGCAAUAAUUACCUGGCAGGGUUAAGUCCUACUCUAGUGACUGUCUACCAGACAGCCACUAGAGAGACUUAUGGGUUCUUAGAUGACUUUUGGUCAUCUAAACAAUGCUGAACAUCUUCACGCUAUGCAUGAGGACCUCCAGCGUUGUCGGAAUCCUCAUAGGAAAUCAAUGAAUAAUGCUUUCCUAUGGGGAGGUCUAAUGCGCACGCACAGUCAUUGCCGUGCAUGCACAUUAUGUCUCCUCCGGCGACGUGGUGGAGCCUGACCCAGCACCGAGGGACAUCGGCGCUGGAUUCAGGUAAGUGACUGAAGGGAUUUUAACCCCUUCAGAGAUGUGGGAUGGGGGCGGGAGGGAGGGGGGCACUCCAGGAUUCUACAGUGCCAGGAAAACGGGUUUGUUUUCCAGGCACUAUAGAAGCCCUUUAAUAAAUGCAUUAAACUAACAACAUCUUCUUUUUUUUUGGUGGGGGUCGAACAGGGAGCACAUGUGAAUUCUGUGCUUGCAGGCACCUGACAUGUAAAUCCAGCCCCAAAUCCCAAGUCGACGAUAACAAAAAUAUUCUCUCUUUUUUUUUUAAUGGUUUGUUGCAUUUAAAAAAUUCGAGAUCCAAGUUUUAGUUACAAUAUUUUGUAUGCCAUUUUCAUUAGUUUUUUCUUAGUCAAAAAAUACAAAAGAGAUCUGCCCCGAAAAUACAUGCAAGUGCAUUUUAAUGAAAGAGCAUCAACAUUCUAAUAUAUCACAAUGCCUGACCUUAUUUUUUCUUUCUGAUAUACAAUAUUAAAUGUAAAUUGUGAGUGUUCUUGAAUUUGUCUCCAAUUACAAAUGCUCCAUUUGUUGUCAAAUAUAAAUUGCACUAUAAAUAUAUUAUAGACAAAUAAACCAGCAACUUACUAAUGUAUAUCAGCAAGUAGGGAAUACAAGUUAAACAGGUGGUAUGUGACCCGUACAACUUUGGAGCUGAGGAACGAGAUUUAUUGUUAGAUACAGACAUUCAGGCACCGUCUGUCAUAACAUGCUCUUAUCCUUUACAAAUAAUGAGUUUGUGAGCCUAUCAAAUCAUCUCAUACUGUACUUUUCUUUUAAGAUUACCCAGCACUGGAGCAUAGAGUGCCCAAUGUCAUGACAUAUGUAGUUGGCACUAUAAGCCAUGCCUUACCUCAUACAGAGAUACACAGAUAUUAUUUCUGAAUGUUUUAGCCAUUAGUGUUAAGGAUUAAACAUAUUCGGAUGACUGCCCGGCGUACGUUAAGGUUUUACAGCUAUAAUAUAACCACUUCAUAUCAUAUGAAAAUCCACUGUAAUGCCUCACAGUAACAUAAUGCGUGCUGGGUACAGAUUUAGCUUUAAGGUCACCAUGCGCUAAUUCAUCAGGGACAGCCAGGAGGUAGUCUUCCAAUUGCUCAACUAUAUCUCCCAUCACUUCAGCCAGCAUUUCACCGGACACAUACGACAAAAGAUCAUGGGAAUUCUACUGAUGGGUUCACAAAUGUCAGAAUUUUCUUGCAAAACAAUGCAGUUUUUAGCACUUCAACUGAAAUUAUAUUAUUUAAGGUCUUUCACAUGAGUCCUACAAAUUAAAGGAAUGACAAUGUAUACAUUAAGGUAAAGCAGGUAAGUAAAACACAUGUAUGUAUUAUAGAUAUAGUUAUAUUGUUAGAGGAUAAAUAUGUGAGAUAUUCAUUGAGGACUAAAAUUAUAAUCAUAUAUGCCAAAUGGUAAGAUGCUUUUUAAAUGUGAUAAACGUUAUCUAUUAUGUAGAGUCUAAGGAUCGCCUUUUAUUCCAAGUUUAUUCCAAAUUUUAAUACUUUCUCCUAAUCAUUAGUAACUUUUGUUUUGCAUGUAAACUUAAAGAGUUCCAUAUAGUCAUAGAGAUUGCUGAUCAAAGCAAGAGCACUACAGGGCUUACUUGCAGGCUGCAAUUACUUCCUAUGAUUCAAGCACAUGUAAUAUUUUUUAAACCUAAUGUUUAAAAACUUUAGGUUUAGACUACUAUAAUUCUAUGUAUUGUCAUUCUUUGUGUAGCAACAGGCAUUGUAAUAGAAUCCCUGAUUUCACAUUCUGCAAAACACUCACAUUGUAAAUACGACCAGUUUGAAAGAAAUGCCAAACAUCAGUUUAAACACUAUUGACGCAGACAUAUUUAAGCAAUAAAAUUGACAUUGUAAUAAUACAUUUCUUAUCAAUAAUUAAUUAACUAUACUUCUCUUUCAGCCUACGUUUCAAGAUGAAUGCAAAUUUAAGGAAAUCAUGCUAUCGAAUAAUUACAAUGCAUACGAAUCCAAAAUGUAUGAAGGUGCCUAUCUUGGAUUAAGCAAACAUGGAAAAAUAAAACGAGGAACUAAAAUCUCGCCUGCCAUGACAGUGACGCAUUUUCUCCCGAGAUUAUGAAAAACAAAUAACACUUACUGCAAAAUGUGUAUUUAAAUUUGCACAUGUGAAUAAUCUCCCAGGUAAAAUAUUUAUACAGUGUCAGAAUAUAUGUAUAUUUGGAUGGAAAUAUUUAUAUUGUAUCCACUAUACCCUACACUCAUUGGUAAUAUUGCUUACUGUGCUACAUAGAUGCAUAAGAAAUGUGUGCUAUAUUUAGCACAGUGACGUUAAUUUAUCCCUGACGGAUAGAGAAAACAUAUUAAGGGCUUUGUUUUCCAAAGGACUUCUAUGAUUCUUUUUUUUUCUAUGGGAAAAUUUCAACAUUAAGUCCUUUAAGUUGAUAUAAGUGUUUAAGUACUUCCUAUACCUCAAAAUAUAGCUUUCUGUUUUAUUUCUAAACAGUAUGUGCACGUAUAUUUACUUAGUAGGAAUAUCAAAUGUGUUAUGGAUGGUUUCAUACAAAGAAAAGAUGCCAAAAUCUGUGUGACAUUAACAGAUUCACUAAGGGAUUUAUACAUAUAUUUACAAAUAGUUUAUUGGCUCACAAGCAAGUUGACACUUGGAAGUGAUAACCUUGGAUGGUCACAGUUAAGCCUCUGUAUCAUCAUAGGGGAACUCAAGCACAUACCAUGGUGGGAUCUCUUGCUGCUUAGGACAUGGGCAUACUCACGAUGAAGUCCAAGGCAUUCAGUGCGUUGGUGGCAUCAAAGAGUAGCUCAAUAAGUGGGUUUUCACCAAGAUGAACUCUUAACACCAAUCAGGUCUCAACUCUUUAAGUCUUGGAAUGUUAAAGACAGUCCGCAAAGUGUACUCAAUUAUAUAUAAUUUUCCACAGGACUCUAAUUUGAAUCAAAACACUUAGUAAAUCCUCCAUUGAUGUAAUGCUGAGGGUGUUCUUCAGAAAAUAUAACAAAUAAUAUGUAUGAAAGUCAAUCUUUUAAUUUAAGGAAAUGCUUACAUGUUAUGUUGUCAGUGGUAUUGGUAUACCAUUCUUAAUAAAUUAUUAUUCAUUUAAAGUGUUAAUUAACAUUUAGAACUGGGAGUGUCAAAAGUGCAGCACUGUGCAGUUGUUGAAAUAUGCAAGUGGGUACUACUGGGGUCCAACAACCUCUAGUAGGAGCUUGAAGCUCUCGCUCUAAUUUACUACCUUAACAUUGUGCCAAAGAUCUCUUAAUAGCCAAUGAAAAAUAUAUUUAAGAUAAAAAAGUAAAU